CUGCGGAGACAUUCUAGUCAUGGGAACUUGCGGUCAAUCAACUUGACUGUUUUCUAUCGCCACAAAAGGGUCUGUGUGUGCUUGUCUGAGAUAAUAGGAUCGCUGCUCUUUUGACGAACCCUGAAAGAACCAUCAAUCUUUGCUUUGUGUCCCGAUAAUACACCACCGAACCUCACAGUCUGCUCCGUUCCAUCUCGAAGACAUCGUAUAUACCCGUUUCGAAAAAUCCUCGCUCUCACGAUUUGGCUUCUUUUCACUGUACGAGCCAAGAUGGCAGCUAUCAUUUAGCCUGUUCAUGGACCCUCUAAACCAUCUCGCCCCUCCUCCUUCGACACCUACAUUGACAACAAGCUCCCCAUCCACGAUGACUCUGUUGCGUCCUUCAUAGUGCAAAUGACGACGUUUACAUCUGUGCUCGAGGGUGGAGGAGGAAUGGACUGCCAAAUGCUUGCACCUCAUGUCCCAGUUCUCGAUUGCAGACGUCCACAUGUGAAUCCCGGGCAUGAGGCCUUACGCAGCAUGGCCCACGCGGACCGAACAGCUCCUGUGAUAAACCUUCCGGCAAUCGAAGGAUUGCCCUGUCGACCUCCCCUAGCACGAUCCUCCUCGUCGAGAUCAACAUUUCGACCCGAAGAUGGACUUCUUCGAUCGCAUCUUCCAUCAUCACAGUUGAAGAUGCCGCCACGGCCACCUUCCCCGAGACCGUGGGUUUGGAUCUGUCACUUCUGUCGAAACAAGUGGCCGUUGGGUGCCACGCGUCGCUGCUUAUACGAUGGCCACUACUAUUGUGCAGGCCAGCGAGCAGCCACGCUUGGAAAAAGAAAAAGAGGGCCCAUCAUGUUCAACGAGAACACCUGCACUUCAGAAUUCGAUUACUCCCGAUGGGCCGACAUGACCAAAUGGCGCAGAAAGAUCCGGAAUGCAGACCACAAGACCCUAACAGAAUACUCGUCGACGCCUGCUACAGAUCGAAAUUGUUGGGAUCAGUGUAGCUUUCCCAGCGCGUGUCGAAUUAUCAGGACAUGGGGAAUCAGCGAGGGCCGUAUCUACGAAGAUAGCUCUAGUGAUGAAGAUGCUUGCGACGACUUGCAUGACGCUAAGAGAACGAAACUUACGGAUGUUAUCCACCAUACCUGACUUCGAUUUCAAUCUACGCCAGCAUGAAUCUUUCAGGCGAGCCUCCGACGUAGCACUAUUUGCCUUCCACCGCUUC